GAAGGCAGCGGCCUAAAAAGCCAUCCAUAAACAAUAGUUUCUCUCUCCCUCGGUCAUCCUAUUGUUCUUCUCUGUUUUGCGUCUUCGUUAUCGUGCGCUUCUCGGACGAUCUCAACCUCACAGAUUCAUUGCCUGCCUAAUAUCGAUCUCUCAACCAUGAGUGACGGAGGAGAAAAGACUUGCCCCCUCUGUGCGGAAGAGAUGGAUCUAACUGAUCAGCAAUUGAAGGCAUGCAAAUGUGGAUAUGAGAUCUGUGUUUGGUGCUGGCAUCAUAUUAUGGACAUGGCUGAGAAGGAUGACACUGAGGGUCGAUGUCCUGCAUGUCGUUCUGUAUAUGACAAGGACAAAAUUGUAGGCACAGCAUCAAGUUGUGAAAGAUUGGUUGCUGAAAUCAGUGUGGAAAAAAAGUUUAAGUCACAAAAAGCAAAAACCAAAUCAUCCGAAGGACGGAAACAACUUAGUAGUGUACGUGUGAUACAACGGAAUCUUGUAUAUAUUGUUGGGUUGCCUCUUAACCUGGCAGAUGAAGAUCUUCUUCAGCGUAGAGAAUAUUUUGGUCAGUAUGGGAAAGUUCUAAAAGUGUCCAUGUCCCGUACAACAACUGGAGUCAUUCAACAAUUUCCAAAUAAUACGUGUAGUGUAUAUAUUACAUACUCAAAAGAGGAGGAAGCUGUUCGAUGUAUCCAAAAUGUACAUCAGUUUGUCUUGGAGGGUAAACCUUUAAGGGCAUGCUUUGGAACGACAAAGUAUUGCCAUGCAUGGUUGAGAAAUGUGCCUUGCUCCAACCCUGAUUGUUUGUAUUUACACGAGGUUAGUUCUCAAGAAGAUAGUUUCUCGAAAGAUGAAAUCAUUUCAGAAUACACAAGGAAUAGGGUGCAACAAAUUACUGGUGCCUCAAACAGUAUGCAACGGCGUUCUGGGAGUGUCUUGCCUCCAGCUUUGGAUGAUUACUGCAAUAGCAAUUCUUCAAAUGGGAAACCCAUUGUUAAAAACACUUCAAGUAAUACUGGUAGCACCAUUAGAGGUUCUUCUCCAAAUGAAAGCUCAGAUAAGUCAAUUGCUCUACCAGCAGCUGCGUCAUGGGGGACCCGAGGCUCAAAUUUCCAAGCACCUGCUACAAGUUUAUCAAGUUCAAAUGGGCCUUCCAAACGGUCCGAUGCUGCUAAUAGCAUAUUAUCAUCUUCCCCUUCAGUUGCAGGUAUUUCUUCGGCUCCUACAUUACAUAGUGAAGCUGCAAAGAGACCUGCAUUUAAUGAGAGUCGCACUUCUAAUAAUGCCAAAGGUCACCAAGAAUCCUUAAAAUCUUUGAAACCUCCUAUUAGCAUGGAUUGUCAACCUUUUUCAACAGACAGACAUGAUUCCCCUGAGGAGGUGCCUACUUCUGUAUCUUUGAGUUAUCCAGGGGCUGGAAUUCCAGCCACCAAGGACAGUCAGAAUGCAACGGCUUUGUCACCGAUCAUUUUGACUAAUACUCACCAUACUGAGGAUUCUUGCAGUUCUUGUCCUGAAGCAGGAGAUACUUCUGAUGGGCUAAUACAAAAUCUGAGCUCAACAGUUAUCAUCGAUAGGGAUAAUAGAGAUGAUCAAUCUGGUCUAAGGCCAAAUUCUUUAGUCUCUGAUCAUGAUUUGAUUAAAGCUUCCAGGGAUCACCAUAGCUUACAAGAGCAAUUUUCUUCUGGGCAGUCUAGAGUAGCACCUCUAACUUCUACUGCUCGGAAAGGCGAUGAUUUGGUUAAGGCCAUGUCUUUUUCAAGAGAAGAAUGUGAUUGGAGAUCAGAUUUCCAGAGAGAGGUGGUAAAUGCAACUGAAUUGGAAGAGGAUGUGAUAUCUUUUAAUAGUCAGAGGCUCAAGGAUCCAGAGAUUUUGAGCCCUUCAACUCGGCUGCCUGGCUGGGCUUCUACAUUUCAUGCUCUGAAUGGCUCUACCUCUCAUCCAUUGUGGUCAGAUGCUGUCAACGGGGCAGGAACCAGUUUGGCAUCUGAUUUGUCGCUUGUUGAUAAACAGUUCAACAAUAAUUCAUCUCUACAGUCAUCUAGCACCCCUCCUGCAUUUAGCAGUCACCUUGAGAAUGGAGUCAAUACUUCUGGGCAGUCUUUGCAGACUUUAAGACAUAUAGUGGCCAAUGACACUACUAAUUUAAAUGCUGGUACACAUUUUGUCGAAAACCAACUCAAUGAUAAUUCACAUUUCCGUGCAUCUAACGUUUCAACUGCUAUAAAUAGCAACAUGGAGAAUGUGAUCAGGUCUUCUGCUGCUACUGAUAUGCCUCAUGGAAAUUCAUUUUUACUUCACAAUGAAGGCAGAGGGAGGCACACGGGAUGGUUGUCUGGUGACAUAUUGAAUGCCAAUAGCAAUAGUUUUGUAGAUAAUGGUGAAAAUAACAUAAUCUCAAAUAUACUAUCAAUGGACUUCAACAUGUGGGAUAACACAUUAACAUCCCAGAAUUUGGCCAAGUUUUUGGGUGAAACUGACAAACAGUCUCUAAGUUCUAGGAAGGUGCAAAACAACAAUCAGUCCAGGUUCUCCUUUGCCAGGCAGGAAGAUUCUAAAGGACAAGAUUUCAGGAUACAACCUUCUGUUGAUAUAAUUGGACAGAUGCAAAGGAAUCAGUCUUUGAGGCAUGAUUUCUCUGAAGAUGGAAAUGUGCAUUUGGACAAGUUUCAUAAUAGUGGUGGCUUCUAUUCUAACAAUUAUGAUGGAUCAGUAAACCAUUCAAGCAGCCACUCUAUUAAUUCCUCAAAUAAGCUCUCUGCCGUUUCGAGAGCUCAAAUUUCGGCUCCACCUGGCUUCUCUGUUCCAAGCCGGGUGCCCCCUCCUGGUUUCUCUUCCCAUGACAGAGUGGAUCAAGUUUCUGACUCCUUCUCUGGAAAUCAUCUUCUUGAUGCUUCUUCCUUAUUGAGAAAUUCAUAUCAUGAAAAUCAAACUGGAAAUAAUGUUAGCACGGGUGAUAUUGAGUUUAUGGAUCCGGCUAUUUUGGCAGUUGGUAAAGGGAGGCGUCAGAUAGGUCUUAACAAUACUGGUUUAGAUAUUAGGACACCAUAUUCUCAUUCAUUAGGUACCUUCGAUAAUGAAGUGAGUCUACAGUUACUGAUGCAAAGAUCUCUGAACUCCCAGCAGAGGUAUUCUGAUGUCCGAGAUGGUUUCUCUCAUCUCGGGGAUUCCUAUGGUAUUUCUUCGAGGUAUGCGGACCAGUCUCAGGUUAACAAUCUAUCUAAUUUUGCACAGCUGUCCCUCCAAAAUUCUAGAAAUGGGCUUGUGUCACAUGGCCACUGGGAUGGAGGCUGGAAUGAGGUUCAAGGUGGAACCAAUAUUAGUGUGGCAGACAUAUUGAGAAAUGAUAGGCUUGGAUAUAACAAAUAUUAUGCUGGUUACGAAGACUCAAAGUUUCGCAUGCCCAGCUCAAGUGAUCUAUACAACAGGACCUUUGGGAUGUAAAAUUUGGUGAGUUUAAUGAUGUGAGUGCCUAGAUUGGUGGCAGCAUUUGAGCGAAGGACUAGGAAAUUAACCUUGUGAGGUCCAUAAACGUGUAGCCAUGAUAUCGUGGGAGAUUCAUAGUCCGGCCUUAUGGCUUCCUGAUGAAGAUUUGUGCCCCCGAUGGAAUUGGAUUAUGUUACCUCCAGGUGUGAUAUCGCUCACGCGUUUGUAUCCCGGCAAGUUGUAUAUUGGCAACUAUUAUUUGACAGGAAGUUGUAAAUGUCUGUCAAUCUGGUAGGGCGACCCUACCUCCAGCUGUUGAAUAGUUUGUUCCUUGGUAACAGCGAAGAGUAAAAGAAACUACUGUUUAAGGUUGAGAUUGGAGUUCCUGAACUGCAUAAGGCUAUAUGUAAAUCAAUUCGAAUGUACUUUGGCCUCAUUGGGUGAUAAUCAUUCCUCCCUCGGGUUAUUACCAGUGCAAUUACAAUGAGGUGGAAACUUGGUUCAUUACCGCUAAAGUUGACCCGUCACGGUGGCAGCACAAACUUGAUUCUGGCUUCACCGGGAAGAACGUCGACCUUGCCUCUUUUAUGAAUCAACUAAUUGGGUGGAUCAAAUCCUUUGACUUCUCCACUUCCUUCCAAGUCAAAUACCCAAGUAUUAAAAAGUGCCCGUACGGUUGUAUCGACCAAAAGCAAGAUCUUAUGAAUCUUCUGGUAUCACAGUAUGCAUGCUGGAUGAAUACCUAUAAACUUGUAUUGCCAUAGUUUUCUUUCUUUUUGGGAGAAAUUGAACAAUAUUCUCACUCGAAUUGCCAGAUGUUUGAUUAAAUGAAGUUUGGGGUUGCUCUGUCUGUUGGAUGGACGAA